AUGAGUGUCAGUGGUCUAUCGCCCACCUACUCUUCUUUAUCAUCGGUGAGUAAUAAAAAAAUAAACUAGUUUUUCAAAGUUUUUUUAAUUUUCAUAGUUAAAAAAAUUUUUGUAUUAUAUUUUUAUAUUAUGACUUUUUCUAGACACUCUGUUCAUGAAAACAUGUAAAAUGAGAUCUCAGAGAGCGGCAGCUGUCCGUAAUUUAUAUACGUCACGAGUUUCCUGCCGCUAUUCUUUUGGGUUUUCUCGAUUUUCAAACAUCUAAGAUUUUGUUGUAUAUUUUAUGGCAUGAUCGAGUGAAUCACAAGGAAUGACUCAUCCGAGCCUUUCUCAUUCAAAUCUUUCGAUUCCAGCGUGUCCUUGACCUUGGAACUCUUUUUAAACGAGUUUUUUUUGUAUUUUCAGUCACUUUUUUCGUUCGCUGUAUAAGAAGAUCCGAAAUUUUUUGGAAAAAAAUUGAACUCUGUGUAGUCUGUCGCGUAAUUGUUCUAAAUCGGCACGUUUUGGUCGCGAUCCGCUAAUCUAUUUGUUGGCCUCGACUUCCCUGUUUCGCUUCGACAUUUGUUUAGGUUUUGAAUCAAAACUUUCCUUGUUUGCUUUGAUGCUCUUUUUAAUCAUUAAUAUUUGUUAUUAUUAGAUUCAUGAUAAGGUUGUUUUUGAGCCAUUGACCUCGGAAAUGAUGUUUUCAAAGCAGUUUUGUUUUUUUUUUCAAAUUUCGAUUUUUGCGCUUUUUCCCUAAAAAACCAAAAUUUUCCAACUUAUAUAAUAAUUUAUCCUACGUGACGUGAAACUCCACGUUUUAUUUAAUUUUUUCAUUGAAAGUUUUAUUUUAUCCCACAUGAUCAUUAAGUACUUCAUUAUUUUUAAUAUUUUUCAAAGAUAUUCUUCUGGAAAAAAACUCGAACACGCAGGUUUUUGCUUCAUUUUUGAGUCUCCUUGAAAUUAUUUAUCCUUAGUUCAAGGCACAGUUUUGAAGAUGGUUUUAACAAGAUGGGGCGAAAAAGUGUACAGAAAUAAAACGUUCAGGCAUUUUUAUUAUUAUUUUGCCUCAAGAUAGCGCUGAAUGAAAGAAUAAUCCUGUUUUUUUAAAUGUUCAAGCUUAAACUUGCACUUCAUUAAUUUGCUGAGACUUAAAUCCGAUAGCUGUUUUGAGGCGCUAGGGGCUAAAAUGAGGUAAAUUGCUCUCCGCGACAAUAACUCUACUAAUUUUCGAGUUUUGCUCAUAUAAACUCCGGAUACAGUUUCAAGUGACUCAUAAGUAAAUUAUUUGACAGUUAUACAGUCGUUAGUGAUUCGUUUCGACUAUAACAUGAUAAACAUGGAAAAAUGCUUUGGUACGGAGUUUUUUUGUUCAAUUUUUAGCCAGAUCUUCCUUUUCAUCGGAAUUUUUUUCGAAUAAAUUAUUUUUAUGUUACAGUUUUUUUCAACAUGUGUCUAUACCGUUAUUCUAGAGAUCAGAGUGCUACGACGAAAAAAGAAAAGAGAUUAAAAGAUUUUUUUUUCCUCGUUGGAGGGGUGUCAACUAGACUAUAGUCUUUUUUCAACGCCUCGAUUUAUUUUUAAAGGCAGAGGCGUCUAUGGAUGGCUUGAAAAAAAAAAGUAAAAAAAGCUCUUUGCCUCGAGACCUUCAAUAAAUAAACUUUGGAAGUUUUUUUUUUGGUUUGAAGUAUUCUAAGGUUUUUUGUUUCCCCUCAAGCCUGCUAUGAGUAUAGUCUACUAAGAUAUUGAAAGUCAAGUUGUUGCUCAAGCUCCGCCCCUAAUGCCCUGAUAAACCAAUCAGAGAGCGUUUUCGAAUGACGUCAUUUUAAUUGACAUUCAAAAAAUGAAGAGACUGUAAGCUGUACUAUACUUAAAUUACGGAAGCUUGCAGAAAGUUUAAAGGAGCAUAGACAAAAACUUCAGAGAUCCCAAGUGGAAGAGCCAUUUUCAAUUUUCUUCCUGAUAAUGCAAUACUUCUGCGCCUUCAAACUUCUCUUGUUGUGAAUCAUCCUGAUGUUCGGAGCGUUGUAGUAGACAUAAACAAAACUACCCGUUUAAUCUCGCCAAUAUGCAUAUUUGACGGCGGCGACGAGAAUGUUUUUCCGGCAGUAUGACGAUAAAAAUGGUUUUUCAGCGGCGGCCGCGGAACCGCAACCGGAGGCUUCAGAUCAUGCUGGUCGUGGGCCUCGUCGGCACUUUUUUCGUGAUCGUCGCCGGAUCCGCCUGGGCUCUCGGUCAGGAUCUAGGUGUGCCCUUGUCUCUUGUCUGUGCAUCAUUUUUUGUUUAGUUGCCGCGUUUGGAAUGGCUUUUUUUUUAUUGGGGUGACCUGUUAGAGAGGAAUUUUAUGCGUCUCGUACUACAUACAGAAAUUCAUAUUCCAUUCAAAAGUGCUAAUUUUUUUCGCAUGAAAAGUGGUGACAGGCCAUUGAUAAAAAAAUAUAAUUUUUAGAUCUAUUAAUCGCUAAAAUGUUGUAAGGGAAAUUAACUACCAGUAAGCUCAUUUCUAAACGGCCAACUUGAUUUUUUCUCUUAUUCCAAAUGUCAACGUCAUAAUGACUAAAUUUGCCUUUGCAGCCGUAAAACUUUGAAUUUUUGAAGCGAAAAUUUUUAGGUAGAUUCGUUUUUUGAACUGUUUUUCAAAAGUUUCCGAUUAGCUACUUUUUUUGAAUUUUGUUUAAAAUAAGGUCAAAAAAGUCGAUUUGACAAGUUCUUCGAAAGAUUCUGACGCAAUGAAUUCUUAUAAAGCAGUUACAUUGAAACUAGAUUAAAUUGAAGCCCGUUUUUUGAACAUUUUUUAUGUUAGAAGCUCACUUUAAAAAUAAUCGGAAUUUUGGUCACGGAAGGGAUUUUUUCUUUCGCUCCGCGAUAGUUAGGUUUCUACAUCCAUAAACUCAUUUUUGGCGGUUUUUUUUUAGCAUUCUUCCAAGAUUUCCGCUCCUAAUUCUUUCAAUUUCAAUUUUGAAGCCAUAAUACUCAGCAUGACUUUGGGGUGGUAUGAAAGAAAAGCCAGGGAAUUUUCGAACGGUGACUUUUCCGAUUUUAUCAUAUUGCCAGGAAUUUUUCCGACGGCCACUUUUCCGACGAAUCUCUCUCCGACUGUUUUCCCUUAUAUUUUUCGCUUUCUGAAACAUCUAUUAACGCAUUUUCCCUUUUUCUUUGUGUUUCAAACAUGAAAAAAUUGCCUACUUGAUAUAUAGGAGAGCUCGAGCGGACCCACUUUAUAUUUAGGAACUUUAUAUAGGAUUUGAAACGAAGAGUUUAUCGAAAAAAAAAUUUCGGAAAAAAUUUCGUCGGAAAGGUGGCCGCCGGAAAGUUCCCUAGCAAUAUGAAAAAAUCGGAAAAGUCGCCGUUCGAAUUUUCGCUGGCAUUUUUUUCAUAUCACCGACUUUGGCGCAGACAAGCUGAUUCUAUCAUUCUUCCUUCAUUCCCAACGGAUUCCAGAUUCCACCGGAGGAGAAAUACAAAUUGAAUCGGCUCCUCUUCUGACCGAUCCUCUGAGAAAUGAGAGGUCUUUCCGGAUUUUCCUGCUCGGAGACACUGGAGGUUCAUUUUCUUGGGAGAUUCGGGGGUAAAUAGAAGUUUUUGAAGGAGUCCCUAUUUUUGAAACGACAUGGGCCCAAGUUGCGGUGAAAAACUCGUUGGAAAGGAUGGCCGCCGAAAAAGACGUGCAGAUGGUUCUGAACAUGGGCGAUAACAUCUACUUCACUGGCCCCGUUGAUGAAUUCGAUUACCGUUUCGAGGUGAGUUCAAAAGAAUCAUAACAAUUUUUUGUAGUUUUGAUAAAUUCAUUAUCUCUGAAAUUGGUAGCAUUCAGGAAGUGGUCCCUAGAGGGGUCAGAAAAAAAAAAGUCCCAUAUAGGGGUCUGAAAAGCGCUCCCUAUAGGGUUUUAAGGUCUUUCCCCUAAAAAGCCCCUAGAGUGGUCACUUAGCAAUCUUUAGUGUGCCCUGUAGGGAGAGGCAAGGUGGUCCCCCGACGGGAAACUUCCAGGGUAGCUCUAGGGAAGCAAAAAAAAAUUUUUAGGAUACAAUGAAAUGUUUAUUGUCCGCACACAGUCAAGAUUCUAUAUAUUUUUCAGAAAAUUUUCAAAUUUUUAAAUUUUUUUUUUUUUCAGACGCGAUUUGAAAAUGUUUACAAUUCGCCGCAUUUGAACGUUCCUUGGUUGACGAUCGCUGGAAAUCACGACCACUUCGGCAACGUCACGGCUGAGAUUGAAUAUACCAGAAGAAGCUUCAAAUGGUGGGUUUGUAAGGUCUGAUAAGGAAUAUUUGAGGGGAAGGAUUGUUUUUCCAACGGCAGACUUUUCAGGAAAAAAACCGGCCAAAAAAAUUGAUUUUUCGAGAUUUUUUUGUGCAAAAAUCAGUUCAAAAAAAUCACAAAAAAAGUUAUUAAUUUUCAUUUUUUUCAUUAGGAAAAGAGCGAAAAUUUCAAUUAAAAAAAUCGAUUUUUUUCUUGGUUUUUUUCUUAUCAUUAUACUACGAGAGAAGACGUUUCUUCAAGAAAUUUGUUCAAAAAAAUCAAAGAAAAGAUCCAAGUUUCAACUUUUUAGAACUGAACUGAAAAAAGCGAAAAUUUUGUUUUGAAGGAGCUUUUUUUCAUAUGAUAAAUAUAAUCAAAAUCAGUUUUCCAGGUACUUCCCAUCGUUGUAUUACAAGAAAACGAUCGAAUUCAACUCUUCGAGUAUCGAUUUCGUUAUGAUUGACACGAUCUCGUUGUGUGGAAAUACGAGGGACAUCCAAAAUGCCGGCUUUUUCGACAUGAUGUUGGCUGCUUCUCAUCAUCCUCAGGUUCUUUUUCAUCUUAGACCAAGUCUGAAGCUCAGAAAUCCGGGAAUUGUUCUUAAAAAUCUGAAAAUAAACAAUUUUUUUUUUGAUUUAUGGGCUAUUCGAAAGUGUUUUAAUGGAAAUGUAGUGCGAAUUUGACGAAAAAGAAAGUUUUCUCAUCAAUUAUCGAAAUUUGCAUAUUACAGUUCUAAAAGAUUCCAUAUUUUUCAAGAAUUUAGUGGUUUUUGAAGGAGUUUUAAUAGAAAUACAGUCUGAAAUUCUUGAAAAAGUGACACUUUUUUCAUCGUUUAUCCAAGUUUUCGUAAGUUUUUUUGGUGUUCAAAGGAGUUAAAACUGAAAUUAAGCUCUCUUUUUCGAAUUCGGACCAUUUUUUACAGAAAACAGCUUUGAAAUGGAAAACUUUAAUUUUUUAGGGGCCAAUAAAUGCGACAGAAGCAGAUGUUCAGUGGGAAUGGAUCGAAGAACAACUCAAGAAUUCCAGGUUUUCAUUUUCAUUUUUUAAAGUUCUUUUACGUUUCAGUAUAACUACUUGAACUCCAUAAUUUUCGCAAGAAAUGAUCGUGUAAUCACAAAUUUCAAACCGUGUUCAAAAAGAUUCUGCGACCUUCAAAAGAUCCGUCAGAGAGUGAAAAAGAUAACUGAAAUUGCGAGAAUCAGAGAAAAUUUCAAUGGUGGUAUGAAAAAAAGACCAGCGAAAAUUCAAACGGCGAUUUUUCCGGUUUUUUCAUAUCGCUAGGGAGCUUUCCGACGGCCACCUUUCCGACGAAACUUUUUCCGACUUUUUUCCUUUAUAUUUUUCGGUUUAUAAAACAUCUAUAAACAUUUUUUUUUUCCUAUUUCUUUGUGUUUUAAUCAUGAACCAACUACCUACUUUAUAUAGGCUGUUUCAAAACGAAGAUUUUAUCGAGAAAAAAUGUCGGAAAAAGAUUCGUCGGAAAGGUGGCCGUCGGAAAGUUCCCUAGCGGUAUUGAAAAAAUCGGAAAAGUCGCCGUUCGAAUUUUCGCUGGUCUUUUUUUCAUACCACCCAAAUUUCGCGAAAAUGACUUCGAUAUUUUGAAUCACAGGAAACUCGAAUUUUCAAAGAAAAUUAUAAUUUCUUUUCCAGAGCCCAGUAUCUGAUUGUCGGCGGACAUUAUCCGAUGCAUUCUGUAUCUUCCCAUGGCCCAACCGAUUGUCUACAACAAACGUUGGAUCCGCUACUGAAGAAAUAUCGUGUCAGCGCCUACUUCUCCGGUCAUGACCAUAGUUUACAGGUAAUUGGAUUCAUUUUCAUGAAAAAUAGAGAUUAAUAUAGUGUGAGGCAAAUGAAAACCGGAUAAAAUGCUCAGUAUUUUGGAUAUUCAUCAACAAUUGCCAAGAGAAAUGAUCGCCUAUCGAUUUUCAUAAAAUAAAAGAGAAAAAUCGAGUUUCAACAAAAAUUAGGUCACUUAAGCUGCGAAAUUGAGCUUUUUGCUGCAUUAGAUAUGAAGUUUAUUUCAUUUUUAAUGAGGGGUGAGAUCAAUUCUUGAUAAAUGAUAUGAAAAAUUGCUCAAAACUCUGUAAAAAUUUCAAGAAAAAAACUCUUACUAGGGAGGUCACUCUGCGAUUCGAAAUUCCUCGGAAAAUGGUCAGAAUACUCUUUGACCUGCCAAAUAAAAAUCCUGAUAGUCCUCUUUUUCCAAUAAUAAGAACUCAAACCCCUAAAAAUGUCCUAAUUUGUUGGGUUUUGAACGUUUUUGAGGUGUCUUUCUACAGAAAAUGAAGAGAAAUCGUGUUUCAACGAGGAUUAAACCAAUUAAGUUGGAAAAUUGAGCUAUUUCUCCCUAAGACUUGUAAUGUUUUCGUUUUCAAUGGAACAGUCCUAGAGAAAUUAUGCAAAAAGCGAUCUGAGAACUUUAAAAAAAACCUUCCCAAAGAUAAACUCGCCAUUUCUCGUGACUUUUGAACCUUUUUCAUUAAUUUUCAAUGUUGAAUCAUUUUCAACUUUCUGAGACCAAUUUUUUCAGCACUUUGUCUUCCCGGCCUCUGAUGAUCACAAUAUUCACUAUAUUGUCUCCGGAGCCGCUUCGAGGUCCGACGCCUCGGACAAAAAUAGGAAAAAAUACUCGAGCAGCAAUUUCUUGAAAAAGUGAGCCUUUAAAUCUGAAUUUCAUCCAAUUUCCUCUUUUCCAGGUACCCGGAAUCGCGAUUUUCCUGGAGUCCACUUUCACAAUUGGGUUUACGCAAAGGCGGCUUCAUCUACAUGGAAUUCGGUCACGAAAAUGCCGACUUUUCGUUCUUCGACAAAGACAGUAACCUACAGUACUCUUCCUCGAUUCCUGCUAGGACCAUUUCGUGA